CGUCGGGGCCCCCCCAGGCCCGGGGCCGCUGGCUUUCCCGGGACACCUCUGCGUCCAAGCGACCCCCGGGGCUUUCCUGACCCCCUUUUCCACCCCCCACCCCCUCCCAGGAGGAUGUUCCCCCCGUUCAAAGUGCGGGUGAGCGGCCUGGACAAGAAGGCCAAGUACAUCCUGCUCAUGGACAUCGUGGCGGCCGACGACUGCCGCUACAAGUUCCACAACUCGCGCUGGAUGGUGGCCGGCAAAGCGGACCCCGAGAUGCCCAAGCGCAUGUACAUCCACCCGGACAGCCCGGCCACGGGCGAGCAGUGGAUGGCCAAGCCCGUGGCCUUCCACAAGCUCAAGCUCACCAACAACAUCUCGGACAAGCACGGCUUUACCAUCCUGAACUCCAUGCACAAGUACCAGCCCCGCUUCCACAUC